GACACUCGUCGACUUAUUACAAAUCAAAAUAUGCUUAUAUACGUAAACAAUUUACUGAAAUAACGUAACAUUUGCUUACCUUGAAAAUGAAGACAAUGAAGACAUCUUGAAUAGAAAAUAUAUUAUGCUCUGAUGGAUGAAUAUAUAUUAAUGUUAUAUAGUAUUAUAUAUACACACGUAAGGUUAACGAGUUAGACAUGUCUGUAAUAUGUACCUUGUAAAUGAAGAAACUAAUGGAAAUGGUUAAUAUAUUAAAAAAAAAAGAACAAGUGAAGAUCACUUCUUCUUUUCGUCUUGAUGUUUGUAUUUUGGGUCUCUCUCAAAACCGUUUUCGUCCAUGACCGAUCAACUAACGUUUCUUCACUUGGUGAAAUUACAAACAUACAUUUGUUGUUGGUGUAUUUUAUUUACAACAAACAAUAUUUGUAUCGACUCAAAAUGUAUAAAUAAUUUGAAAAAGAGCCUGGGUUCGUUAAGUUUUAAAACAAAGCAACACACUAUAUAUUAUAUAAUAGUAUAAUAUAUAUAUAUAUAUAUCAAUGUUUAAAAUAAGGAAUAAAUAUUGAAAAGGAGGAAGAAGAAAAUUGGUGUAAUGUUUUUUCUUCCCAGAAUUGUAAGCAAACCAUACAACCAUCCCUUUCAUCAUCAUCAUCAUUCUCCCUUCAUCAAGUCUUCUCUAUUUCCUCUCUCUAUUAUAAAAACAAACUUCACUUGUUCACGUCAAUAAACUGAGCCUUGAGAAAGAUUAAGAGAACAAUUAACUCAACAAGAAUGAGGAAACCAGAGGUAGGAAGUUCAGCCACUCAUCAAGUAAAGAAGAUGAAGAAGGGAUUAUGGUCUCCAGAGGAAGACUCAAGGCUGAUGCAAUAUAUGAUAAGCAGUGGGCAAGGAUGUUGGAGCGAUGUAGCCAAAAACGCAGGCCUUCAACGAUGUGGCAAGAGCUGCCGUCUUCGUUGGAUCAACUAUCUUCGUCCUGACCUCAAGCGUGGUGCUUUCUCUCCUCAAGAAGAGGAACUCAUUAUUCGUUUUCAUUCCAUUCUCGGCAACAGGUGGUCUCAGAUUGCAGCACGGUUGCCUGGUCGGACGGACAACGAGAUCAAGAACUUUUGGAACUCAACAAUAAAGAAAAGGCUAAAGAAGAUGUCCGAUACAUCCAACCUCGUCAACAAUUCAUCCUCAUCACCGGACACAAGUGAUUUGUCUAAUAAUACCACAUCUUCUUUGGAGCUUAAAGACAUUAUAGGAAGCUUCAUGUCCUUACAGGAACAAGGAUUCAUCAACCCCUCUUUCACCAACACACCAAUAACCAACAACAAUCCAUUCCCAGCACCACACAUGAUCAGCCACCCUUGUAUUGACGAUUUUACCCCUUAUGUAGAUGGUUUAUAUGGAGUAAACACAGGGCUACAAGGGGAACUCUACUUUCCACCUUUGGAGUGUCAAGAAGGUGAUUGGUACAAGGCAGAUAUUAACAGCCACGUAGCCGAGAUGAAAACUAAUGGAGCUGGAAACGUACCUGCAGAGAGUAUGAGAGUGGAAGAAUAUUGGGACCUUGACCAGUUGAUGAGCACUGAGGUUCCUUCGUUUCACUUCAACUUCAAACAAAGCACAUGAUUUUUUGUUCACGUCAUUUUUUUUUCUGUUGCGGAAUUAUACUCGAGAGAUUCAUAGCCACACAUAAAUGCAAAUACUGAUAUAUACAUAGACAUUGAAAAGUUAGAGAGUCUUUUGUAUUUCGAAUAAUUGUCUCGUACAAGGGCUUGACGUGCCAAGUGUAAUGAUUAGUCAAUGGAAACUAUAUAUCCCUCAAUAAAAUAUGAAAUAAACACAUACAUUUGUAGUUA